AUGCUUGGGCUUGCAGGUCAUGUUAACCUUCCUUGUGUUUUUGUUUUUACAGAGCUGACCCUGAACCCACCAGAAGGGAUAGUGGCAGGUCCCAUGAAUGAAGAGAACUUCUUUGAAUGGGAAGCUCUGAUUAUGGGUCCUGAAGACACCUGUUUCGAGUAUGGGGUUUUCCCUGCUAUUCUGAGCUUUCCACUCGACUACCCGUUAAGUCCUCCGAAGAUGAGGUUCACGUGCGAGAUGUUCCAUCCAAACAUUUACCCAGAUGGGAGAGUUUGCAUCUCUAUUCUUCACGCUCCUGGGGAUGAUCCCAUGGGAUAUGAGAGCAGCGCUGAGCGGUGGAGUCCCGUGCAGAGUGUGGAAAAGAUCCUCUUGUCGGUUGUUAGCAUGCUGGCAGAGCCAAAUGAUGAAAGUGGAGCCAAUGUAGAUGCCUCCAAGAUGUGGCGGGAAGACAGAGAACAGUUUAACAAAAUUGCCAAGCAGAUUGUGCAGAAGUCACUUGGACUUUAAGCUCACAGAGAGACUGAAGUGUUUUGUAUUCCUCUCCACCUGAAAACGAGCAGUGCUCAGUGCUGGUACCAAAAACGAAAACUUUGCAAAACUAUUGGCCUAGUUCUUCUUAUCAUUCAUUAUUUAUUUACCAUCUCUUUUCUUCUUCCACUGCUCCAGAUAAGCCUCUAGUUCACUCACUAAAUUGUGUGGAAAAGGGAUUUAAUACUAGGGAAAAAUAUAGAGACAAUGCUGUUUCAAAGGCUGCUUGUUGCUACCUCACUUCAUGGUAUGGAAAACUUGGAGACUUUGCAAUCUGCAGCCCGCCUUCGCCAAUCUGCUGUUUGAGAACAGAGCUGGUUUGGAUCACCUCCUGGAAGAAUUAGUUGUAUGUUUUUACAGGUGGCAUUGCUCUGGAGCAGUAGACUGGAAAUAAUCUAUCAAUUUUAUGAUACUAAGUUAAGGACAGCAUUUGCAGUCAG